ACGGAGUGGUGCGCGUUACCGUGCGCGCACACACAUUGUCUGAUAUGCGCGCGCACGGGGGUCGGUGCGCUAUUAAAGCCGCGAGUAGACGCGCGGUGCUAUCAGACAGUUCUGUCCUGGAGUACUGGAAACCCGAAAGAGAACAUAUGGACUGAAAGAAAGACGUUUACUACUGUACCAUCAGGACCGCAAACCACGGUGCGAUUGCACGUCUCUCCCAGACCUCUCUGAGAGAUGUGGCUGCUGGAAAAGAUCCGCGGUUCAGUGGAGGGAAACGUUCUCCGGCAGGGAGACUCUGCAGACAAACAGAGCAAAGCCCCCACCUACAGCAACGUCCUCACCCCUGAUAAGAUUCCCGACUUCUUUAUUCCACCCAAGUUGGUGUGCUGUCCUCCAGAGGAGGAAACACCGGAGAUGAAGCCAAAAAAUGGGCUUCACUCCUCGACUUCUGAGCAGACCAUAUGCUGCAAGACGCCGCAAGGCAGUCCGCGCAGCCCACGCCUCAUUAACAAGCUGGCUGGAGACACCAAAAACUUGCUCAAAGCUGCAAACCGCCACAUCAUCCAGAUUGAGAGCGCAGAUGACUUGGUUGUUGGGGAUGCAGGCAACCUCACCACAAAUGCAGACCCGCAGUCUCAAACAGCCAUGUCUCUUCCUUAUGUCCCCAAAGCGCAAACCUCCUACGGUUUCGCCACACUGAUGGAAAGUCCUCACACGAGGCGUAAAGAGUCCCUCUUUCACAGUGACCCAACAAGUCCGCUCACCUCGCCCAACACCCAACGCAAGUCACAAGGAAACCACUUAAACCCCAGUGACUGUAACACUUCCCACUCCAAUCCCUACCGCUACUUCAGCGGCGGAGAAAGCGACACUUGCUCCUCGGCCGAAUCCUCCCCGUUCAACUCCCCUUUGCUAUCCCGUUCUGCAUCCCUCCUUAAGAUGUUCACCCACGAAACCCAAGCCAAAGUGUCCCGCGCCAAGCGCUCCUUUGCACGCCACAGUUCGCUCUCCACGGAUGAGUGUAGCUCUGUGGAGACCAGUCCCAAUAUUCAGAGGCGCUUCCGUUGCCCUCCAUCUCCUGCUUUCAGAGGACGGAAAUAUGGAGGCAACAUGGACAGAUUCACACAACACACCGUCAACCUCCACAAGGGAGGAACUCUACGCAUCUGCACGGACUACGAUAUUGACGCCGCGAGGCUUCACAUUCGUGUUUUGGCGGCCGAGGAUCUCUAUGACAAGCAGUGUGAUGCUAAGAGCAUAAAUUGUUGCGUGUCUCUGUACCUGAACCCGGGAAAGCUCCAGAAACAGAGAAGCACCAUUAUCAAGAACAGCCGCAAUCCGGUUUUCAAUGAGGACUUCUACUUUGACUCCCUGCCUGUUGCACAGGUGAAAAACCUUGCCAUCAAGAUGAAGGUUGUCAACAAGGGCACCAGCUUGAAGAGAGACAACCUUUUGGGGGAGAGGGAGGUACCCCUGAAAGAGCUUCUUUCUGGGAUCUAGAAGUCCGCUUUUUUAAACCACGUGGCCACAAAUAAAUCAAUGCAGUCUUCAACUGGAUGCCAAUUCACACCACACAGAUGAUCGCCAACCAAGUCUGUUGGAGUUUGUUGGAUCUGUGUUACCCCUGUUGGCAUUCCUCAGAAUCUGUUGUCACCUGACUGAAGAUUUUUAAUUGCCGUUUGAUGGCUCGGGGGAACAUCAGUGUAAUAUUAUUUUCCAACAAAUGGCAAAAAAUUGGGACUUAAUUUGACCAGGGACCAGAUAGAUUUCUUUCUUCUUUUUCUUGUUUCUAGUCUGAAUAUCAAAAGUAGGAAAAGCAUUUUGCAGUCUUUUAGUCCUGAGAAGGAUCCAUUAAUUAAGUGUUCAAUUAUUGUGCGUAGCACUUGUUGUGGCAUUGUAAACAUGAAAGUAAUUUUAUCACAUCAAUCUAAAUUGAAUUGCAAACUUGUUUGUUGGUGUUUGUUGGCCUUUAUCUUUGCAGUGUGAACUGGCCUUAACAGGCAAGGCCUUAACUUGGAUGCUCAAAUGGCUUAUUUCUACUGAGUGGUACGAUACGGUACGGGUCGGUACAGGUCACUUUUAUCAGGCUUGCAUUUUCACUGCCAAAAGGGUACUCUUGGUGGGCGUGGUUUACGACAGAAACUUUCAGUCGACGUCAUUCUCUCCUGGGGAAAUGUCUACAGUAAAGCUGUACGGGUCGUUCACAUAUCAUAUAAGAAGCACUUGUCACAAAACAGAUGCUUUAUACAUGUAAACACUUGAGUAUAAAGGUUCAUUACCAACAUUUAUAUUGACCUUAUUCUCUGCAGACGAGCGGGCGCUGCCAUUUGAAUCUUUUUGGCACGAGACUUCCGGU